UUUAUUUUUAAAGAGAUAAAAAUACUUGUCCCCUCGCAGAGACAUACUCGAUUAUUUUUUGCAAUGGAAAAAACUAGGUAUUACCACUUCCUCCUCACAAAAUCCGAAGAGGAGGAGCGACAAAAGGUACAUGGUGCUGGUCCUUGGCCCCUGAAUUUUGAUGUGGUAGAAAUAAGGAAAAAUAGCUGUGGUGAUCAUCAUCCCCUUGGAACCUUGCCGCUUUUUCCAUGGAAGCUCAAAGUCGAAUUACCACUCAAUCAAAUAGGAGGCUAUGGUCCUAUUGAGCUAAGUGCUGGACAGGUUUUUGACCAUGUUCUUAAGUAUUGGGAUGCAGGAACUGUGUCCCAAUUGAUUAGUCAUGAACAAGAACAAAUCCCUAUCGUUGUGCAAGAUUUGGAUUCCGGCGUGAAGCAUGAUAUAUAUCUGGUCAGGUCGAAGGAAGGCGGCGUUGGUGGUGAAGAAAAAUACAAGAUUCAUCUUCACUGGAAGAAGAAGAAUGUCAAGAAGCAAGGUGACAAGGAUACUUUGUCAAUUGGCAUGUAUUGGAAUAUUAGUUCUUCUUGUUUAUGUUUAUCUGUUUUGGAUGGUCCAUGUUGAUGUCCAUUAUUAGGUUAAUUAAUUAGCUAAUUAAUUUCUGUAAGUAGGUCGAAAACCUACUCAUGAAUUUAAGAUAUAUAUCUAUU